GAUUGGUCGGGCUGGCGCGGCCGUGCGGGCUUCGAGUGGUCGAGUCGGGUGGACGAUGGCGGCGGCGGCGACUCCUCCGCUGCGGGUCCUGAGGGCGAUUCUGAAGGAGCUGCGGAGCCGGGGCGGCGAUUACCGGCACUCCGCCGCCUACAGAUACAUCACGGAGCAGUUCCGCAAAAACCAGGUUACCAGUGAGAAGCUGUGCCGUGCCCAGCAGGAACUCAUCCACCAGGCCUCCACCUACCUGUGUUUGCUGCAGAGUGUCCGGCAGCACCUCGCGCUGCACCAGGAGUAUCACGGCAAGGGGGAGCGGUCGCCCCAAGAAAUAGCACAGCAAGUUGGGUUCAAGCUGCCACAGCAACCUGGGGGCAAAGGGUGGGAAAAGUGAGGAACGAAGAAAGGCUCCAGCAACCUCGCUCUGUGUGCUGCCAGUUUCCAGGGUGCACUUUUCCCCAGAAGUGUUGCCGACUGUCAAAAUAGAUGGGUGAUAGUGGACACUUGCAGUUUCCUGGGCACAGUUUCUGAAUGAUUUGUGAUGUAAUUAAAGAAAAGCAUUUAAACCCCAUAUGUGACUGUGUCACUUAGAGUCACAAAGCGUGGAAACAGGCUCUUCGGCCCAACUCGUUGAUGCCGACCAACGUGCCCACCUGAGCCAGUCCCACGUCCAUAUUAGGCCCAUAUCCCCCUAAACCUUUCCUAUCCACACACUUAUCCAAUUAUCGUUACUGUACCCACCUCAACUACUUCCUCUGGCAGCUCGUUCCAUGUACGCACCACUCUCUGUGUGACGAAGUUGCCCCUCAGGUCCCUUUUAAAUCUUUCCCCUCUCACCUUAAACCUAUGUCCCCUGGUUUUUGGUUCCCUUUCCCUAGGAAAAAGACAGUGUGCAUUCACCCUAUCUGGUUUUAUAAAACUCUAUAAAGUAACCCCUACAUUCCAAGGAAUAAAAUCCUAUCCUGCCCAACCUCUCCCUGUAACUCAUUCCCUUUCUCCCAUAAUUCAUGCUCUUGUUAUCUGGCAGCUCAAAAUGGGGCAACCGUGAGCCACUGUGGACCAUCAGCAGCGGCAGAAUUGUAUUCAGUCACAAUCUGUAACCUCAGGAGCAGCACGUCCCUCUCUCCACCUUCGCUGCCAACGCUGGUUCAAUGUGUGAAAGGACAUGCAAAGAGCAGAACCAGGUAUAUCUAAAGAUGAUGAGGUGUCAGUCUACUGAGGCUAUAACACUGUACUACAUGUGUGCUGAACAGCAAAAAUAACACACAAUAGACGGAGCAAAGCGAUCUCACUACCCAAUGGAUCAGGUUGAAGCUCUGCAGUCCUGCCAUGUAUAAUCAUGAAUGGUGGUAGACAAUUGAAUGGCUAACAGGAGGAGGAGGUUCCAAAAACUUCCUCGCCUUCAAAGAUGGUAGGGCCCAGUACUAAAGACAAGGCUGAAGCAUUCACAUCCAGGUUCAAAAUGACCUUAAUAUGUGAAUAAAACUGGCUGAAGACUAGUGAAAUAACACCCAUAAAAAUACUUACAGAACCACUGCGCUCCGAACGUGACAGCUGAACCUUCUUUAUCCAGCUCAGAGAAUUAUUCCUCUGCUGCUGUUGGUGUUCUGGUCAUAAAUCCUGUCACCUUUUUCGAACCACCUUCCAUCCAAUGGGACAACUGCAGCACCAUAAGGUGACCUGCCACAAGAUCUAUUGAGUAAUGGACUAGCACGUCGGCAGACUGUAGCACUACCUUGGAAUGCACAAGAGCCUUUGCUUGAGCUUCAGUCCACCUCCACCGCCACAACCUUUCACAGCAGUUGGUGUCAUGAAGCUAACAACAUUGCAAGAUUUGACCAGUAUGUUUUUUUAUAAUAACUCAACAAUCCCAGACAAGUCUUCAGCUCAUUUAUGUUAAGUGGGGCAGGAGCAUUGGUAAUGGCUUUUGCGUUGUCUUGAAUUGGGUGCAGUCCUUCAGCACCCACACAGAGUCAUAAAUACUGCAUUUGCCAAGCAAGUACACCUACUUCUCUUUAAAUGUUUCCUGCCUUUUCCACUCUGCUGAACACUUUGUCCAUAUUCUAUAGAUGUAUUGAGGCUCCCAUAGUCAGGAUAUCACAUAGGGUGACCCUGGGAAUGUGAUGAACAACCCUUCCAUAGUUCACUAAAAGACAAAGCUCUGAAGGGUAGUUGAUUAUAUAGGAACAUGAAUGUCAAAAUUUCCUUAGACUGAUCCCCUAACGUACAAUAACUAAAAUUCCAAGAACAAACCCUCCCAGGUCUGAUGGAGGAUUUGUUCUCUGAAGCCUUCAGUGUGAAUUAUGUGGUCAACGUCUGGAGAUAGCAGAGCACACUCCAGCCUGUGGAUGAUCAUUGAAUAGUCUUGAUCUGAGCCUUGAAUUGGUCAUUGUCACCCAUGAAAAAUCUGUGCCGUCAAACAUGGUUAUGAAACACUGUGCAAUAUUUUUCAAGCAUGUCACUUGUAAGGUGCUUGUAGGACACAAUCACUCGCAAAGCACUGUUGCCUGGAGAUCAAUGAGUUCUGUUUGUAGAGAUCCUGGUGCUGAAUAAACAUUGACAGAGAAAGGAUUUUCAAAAUGCCAAAUAUCCACAUCUUGGAAUUCUUAGAAAACUGCUCCUUUGGUAGUGGGACCUUCUGCACUGCCGUGCCCCUCUGAAAUUCCAUUUCCGAAGUUUGGUUCUUCCUGAGUUGUGCACAAGCUGGAAAAUGAUGAAGUUUGUCCUCAGCUAACUGCUUACUAAACAGCUGCAGCUUUAUCUGAAACCCUUUCACACAGCCACACAAAUUGCAGAUUAUCUUCUCUUUGCCCUGCCGUUUAACGUUGAGAUUAUUUACAUGCUGAGUCAGUUGGUCAGAACACUGAGCUUCCACAGCCACUGUUAAAAAAUUCCUUCACAGACCCGCCUUUUUCAGCCGUGAACGUGUUGAUUUCAGCACACAGCUCCAAGUCUGCCACAACUGAGCCACUAAACGUCACUGUGGUGGAGCAUGUCACUGAACAGUGCAUCAGUUCCUUCCAAAUAAUUUUGGAAUUGUCUAGUUGAGGGGUAAUUGGUUUAUUAUUGUCAUAUGUACCAAGAUACAGUGAAAAGCUCUUCCUUCCAGAUGGGUCAUUCCAUACGUAAGUACGUCUAGGCACUACAAAAGGAAAAAGAAAACAGAAUGUAGAAUAUAGUGUCUCAGUUACAGAGAAAGUGCAGUGCAGGUAGACAAAUAAAGUGCAAGGGCCACGACGAGGUAGAUUGGGAGAUCAUUUUUAUUGUACAAGAGAUCUGUUCAAGAGUUCUAUCACAGCGGGAUAGAAGCUGUCCUUGAGUCUGGUGGUACAUGCUCUCAAGCUUUUGUAUCUUCUGCCCGAUGGGAGGGGGGAGAAGAGAGAAUGACCAGGGUGGGAGGGGUCCUUGCUUACAUUGGCUGCUUUCCUGAGGCAACAGGAAGUGUAGACAGAGUCAAUGGAGGGGAGGCUGGUUUGCAUGAUGGACUGGGCUGUGUUCACAACUCUCUGCAAUCUCACGUGGUCUUGGGCAGAACAGUCACCAUACCAAGUUGUGAUGCCUCCAGAUAGGAGGUGCAUCUAUAAAAAUUGGUGAGGGUCGUUGGGGAGAUGUAAAAUUUCCGUAGCCUUCUGAGGAAGUAGAGAAUGAAUUAAAUUUGCCUUUGACACAACAAAUUUUAUAAACCCAUUGGUCUCGUGCCUUUUCACAAAUCAGCAGUUGAUGGAUAAUGUCAUGUAAAUCAACUGAUUUUGCAAUGCCCAUUGAUUCAGCGCAGCUGUAAGCUCUUCCCAUUGACCUGACAUUUUUCUCCAUGAAAUUCCUUGUCCUGUCAGUGGUAACACAAUUCAGAUUAUUACACUUUAAACUCAGACAUGAGUGUUUGGCAGGCACUUGUAAAUUUAAUGCCUUUCUUAUUAUGCAGCUUUGCUCAGUAAUCAUGACUGAUUUGUCAACACCACAAAUUAAUAUAAGCAACUAAUUGUGUCUAAAGCAAUAGAAAAAGCAUCAAAAUUUUGGGAAUAAAACUGCGUUAACAUGUCCUCCAGCUGACAGACUCACUGCUACGAAGAGGUUUGGCUUUAGCCGGUAUAUAUCCUUGCACUGCUUAAUAAACUCUCCCUCUGUAGAAGGCUCACUGCCAACUGCUAUUAGAUGAGAUUCAUAGCUGGUUCUAAUUAGAGGCUAUAUUUUCCUCAAAUUUCCUUGUGAAGAGGUUUGCUGACCUGCGAGGAAUUUUUACAACUGCCCAAUUUUUUCCUUCCAGCAUUCACCUAGAGAACUUGCCCAUGUCUUUAGCCUGUUUUGUCUUCUAAUGUCAUAUUCCUUGUAAACCUUAAUGAUUUCUUGGCAUAUCAAGCAAAUAAUCUAUGUGAAGGUCAGAAAAAUAUUCGUAUGACUACUUUUCAUUAAAUUUGUGGCAUUGUGUAAGUCUCUCAUUUCCUUGGCAUGUGAGUUCAUGUUUGAAAAGGACAACACAAAAAAUAUGAUGAAGACUGGGAUCCGUUGCAUUCUGAUCAACAGGCCUGUUCACUACUUGCGUCUGACUGGCUGGCAUUGAUAAUUGUGCACUUUACAGUUGAACCACUGACAGCUGAGGAACAUCAAUGUGUUGUGGGGUUAUGUUUUUUUCCAGUUGGCAUGGUCGGAUUUUUCCCAUUUCCAUCGGCCGGACCUGUGGAGGGAAGAUGAAAGAGACUGUGCAAUCGAGAACAAAAACAACGUGAAGGAACUCAGCGGGUCAGGCAGCGUCUGUGGAGGCAAAAGGUGUUAAGUCGAUGUUUCAGGUUGAGACCCUGCAUCGGGAGUGAAAGGGAAUGGGAAGGAACGUCAGUAUGUAGCAGUAUGUAGGGGGUUGGGAUAGAUGCUGGAAGGUGGAUGGUGGAAUUGGAUGGGGAAGGGAUAAGGGUAAAUAGAACCGGGUAUGAGAGGGGGUGAGAGGACUGAAUGAGGAGAAGGAAACUAGGUGGACAGGUGAGUGUGGGAGGGGAGCACCGGGAUUGUGGCUUAUUUGAAGUUGGAAAAUUCAGUAUUUAUACCAUUGGUUGUAGGCUGCCCAAGGUGAAUAUGAAUGUAGGAUGAGUGCAAAUGCUUGGUUGAUGGUCAUCACAGUGGGCUGAAGGACUGGUUUCCAUGCUGUAUCACUCUGUACUUAAAGAAUAUAUGCUCAUUAAAUUGU